GGCGGAUAAAGAGUUGCCUUCCGUGCUCUGGAAAUUAGUGUGUUUCGCAUCAUUGCCGUACUUGUGAUAUCCACCCAUAAAGAGCUGGGCCGCGUAGACAUCGUAGCAGCAGACAACAGCAGACGAUAUACAGCCGACGAUGAGCACCAAGCCCAGAGCUCAAACUAAACCCACCAUCUCCUCUCCCACCCCUCUCCUCCCUCUUUCGCUGCCGUCUUCUCCUUCAAAGCGCCAGCGCACCAGGGUGCCCAGGACGGUGUUAAAGCUGGUAGUCGGGGUAGGGGUACUGGUAUACUUGGUCUGGCUUGGCGCCUUUCUCUGGGAAAGGGCGGUGUUAUCGCCAGGUGAUGCAGGAGGAUUCGCGCUCGGGUCCGGAUCCUUUGUCUACACACAGGAAAAAGAGGGGGUAAGGGGAGAAGGAGAAGGGAUAAUGAGCGACAAACCGGAAGCCUACGUGACUUUCCUUUCAUCUAUUACCGAUCCAUGGUAUUUCCUCUCCACCCGCUUACUCCUCUACCAACUCCACCACCAUCCCCAUACUUCUGACCCUUUACGCCCUCUUGUCGUCCUCACCACCCCCCAAAUCCCCGCGGAGGUCGAAACCCAACUGGAGCACCAAGGUGCAGAGGUAAAGAGAGUAGAGUUGCUGGUGGACGGGUUCCCGAUCCCUGAAGGAAUGGGAGAUAAUCAUCAUUGGAAAGAUCAGUAUACCAAACUGCAUAUAUUCAACCUUACGGAUUACUCCCGCCUGCUCUACCUCGACAAUGAUAUUCUCCUUCUCCAAUCACUCGCCCCGUUAUGGGAAACCAACCUCCCGACUGUGAAAACAGGGGGUGUAGCAGGAGUAGGCGAGAGAAAUAAGCUGAAUAUGGUGGAGAAUGAUAAGAGAACAAGACCGGAAGAAGGAGAGGUCAAAGAUUAUUUGAAUGCGGGGUUUAUGAUGAUAACCCCCGAUGAAAAGAGGUUUGGCGAGCUCAGAAAAGUGAGGGGUUAUAAGCCGUUUUACAUGGAACAGGCGCUACUGAAUCAUUACUUUGACUGGGAAGGCGCACACCCAUGGGAAGAACUUGAUCCUUUGUCUGUCUCUCAUUUUCCCCAGAAAGAAGAUCUCGCCCGUGGUUACUACGCGCUACAUGCGAAAAUGUGGAAAGACGAAAUAGAUAAGGAGGUUGUAGAUUAUUGGGAGGAAAGCGUCAAGGAUAUGGAGCUGUUCUGGGGCUCGAGCCGAUAAAUGUAUAGAUUCGUUUUCUUCUUCUUGUUGUAUUGCGAGACAAGGCGGACGGCCUCCACCUCGUUAUCGCCCUCCGUUUAGUUGUGUUGUGCUACUAUAUAGAAUA